AUGUCCGAGAAAGCUCAAUCGCGGGCCCUCGCGAUCUCCGAGAUCGUAACCUCAAUCUUACACCACAUGGACACGCGCACACUGCUCGCUGCCCAACGAAUCAGUCGCACGUGGAAUGAUCUGAUCCGCAAUACGCAGUCACUUCAGGAGGCUUUAUUUCUCCGACCAAUCAGCAAUGGCCGUGACCUCAGCACUCGAGUCGACAACCCACUACUGGCAGAGGCAUUUCUGUCACUAUUCCGAUCAAAAAAUGGGGGAACAAUGCUAAAGGACAAUCUAUUUGCUUAA